UCUGACAGAAGUGGCGGCGGCAUUUGUGGAAAAUAGUGUGGCGAGCAAAACUUUAGUCUUUUCUCGGCCGUGGUUAAGUUAAGUUGUGCAAUUCAAGGUGUCACCGACAAAUCUGACAAUGUUUUAACAUCGCUGACACCACCGCAUUAAAGUGUACUUAGUAAAGCUAUUUGGGUUUUCUUCGCAAAAGUUUUUGAUUUGGCUAAGCGUAAAGGAUUAGCAGCAUGGCGGCGCACUGCCAAUUCUUUUGGCUGAUGGUGGUGGCGUUAAUUGGUGUGUCACUGGCGGGUUAUGAGGAUUGUGAGAACGCGCCCUACGCCGAGCAUUCGGCCAUACAAAUAAUCGACAACGAGGAUGCAGUGCGAGCCAUUUACACAUGCGAAGAAGGCUACGAGUUGAGAGGCAUCAACGAGUUGGUAUGCAAUUUAGAUACAGACCUCUGGGAUGCCGAACCGCCGACUUGUGUAAAAGUUGAGCUCUCGAAUGAGGUGGCUGGCGGGGCAAACAGUGAGCGCGCGGGAAAAAAGAAGAAACCGCUGGAUAUAAUAGAAGAUCGCCACGUAUCUGCGGAUAUGGCCGCCUCGCUGGAUAUGUCCUGUGUGCAGGCUAAAGUGAAGGCGCCAGAAAUACGUCAUGGCUUUGUAGAGAAAUACGAUCGGCGACGCAAAGGCGACCAUAUCUUCUUGGUGGCUUUCUAUGCGUGCAAUGACAACUUCGAGUUGGAGGACGCCGAGAUAGCGACGCUGUACUGCAGUCAACGCAAAUGGGUAGGAGAACUGCCGACGUGUGUGGCGCUGGGCGAAUACACCGAUGUGGACGAAGAAGAAUACGAUGAAUAUGAAACAGUUGAUGGCGAUGAAGAAGAUGAAGCUGAGGGAGAGGAGGAAGAAGGGGCUGUUGAUAAUCGUGUAGCGCCGCCGCCACCACCACCCCCUGCAGAAGUCGAGCCUAUGCAGCCUAUAGAGCAAGAAAUCAGCAAUGAGAUUGAGCCCACCGUACAACAAAACGUGGAAGCUACGCAUCCCGUUGAAGUUGACAGCGUUGAGCCUAUUACCGAACCGGAACCUGCAAUCGUUACGGACGUGAAUAUUGUCAUCGCACCCACACAUGAUCCAUAUACGCCACGUUUCCUCGACAAUGACUGCGGUCCAGACAAUGGCGGCUGCGAACACAAAUGCGAGCGUCUGCUUUUCCCUGGCGAGAACGAGGCACGCCUGAAAUGCUCCUGCUUUGAAGGGUUCAGCUUGGAUCCAAACAAUUACGCAAGUUGUCAUGACAUCAAUGAAUGCCAGCUGAACAAUGGCGGCUGCGAGCAAAUCUGCAACAAUCUGCCCGGCUCCUACCAGUGCGCCUGUGAGCAGGGUUUACAAAUCGAUACGCUAACGGGCAACACAUGCAUCGAUAUCAACGAAUGCGAGCAGCCUGAAGUGGCAGCGCUGUGUUCUGCCGGCUGUGAGAAUACACCUGGCUCUUACCGUUGCGUACCAGCGCUCAAUACUCCCGAAGAUGCCAAAGAGAACGCAGAAGAAAACGAAGAUACUGAAGAUAGUGGAAAUGGAGACGCUGAUGAGCCUGUGAGUGAAGACGAUCAGGGUAUACGCCGCAUUGCCGAAACUGAACCCAUCUGCCCAAGUGGCUAUCGCGCUGGCGGCGACAAUUCGGACAAAUGCGUUGACAUCGACGAAUGCGCUGAGGGCACCAGCGGGUGCGAGCAUUGUCUCAACACUGAGGGUUCCUAUGAGUGCACUUGUCCCGGUGGCUACGAUCUUGCCGACGAUGAGCGCACCUGCAUCGACAUAAACGAGUGCGACGUCAUUGUAGAGCGUGAGGACGACGCUGAUGCUGCGCCUGCGAAGAUUUGCUCUGGUGGCUGCGAAAACACAAUCGGCUCCUUUAUUUGCACUUGCGAAGCCAAUCAACAUCUGCUCGAAGACCGACGCACAUGCGCUAUAGACACUUGCAAAGACUUGAAUAAUCCGCAAUUGAAUAAGACACGUUGCGCCUACCAGUGCAAGGACUUGCCCAGUGGCGUCUACGAAUGCGUUUGUCCAGCGGGUUAUACGCUGAGCGAUGAUCUGCACAAUUGCGAGGUGGCCGAAAGUGUUUGCGCCAAGGAAGGCGGCUAUGAAAGCUGUGCGCCAGGCACUUGCAUCCCAAGUGAGGAUAACAGUUCAUAUGAGUGCGAUUGUCCGGCUGGCUAUGUGAAUGAAGGCAACCAUUGCAAUGAUGUCGACGAAUGUGCCGCUGAGCUGCACGGGUGCUCACACGAAUGCCUCAACACUUUAGGUGAAUAUCAGUGCGGCUGUCCAGCUGGUUUUCGAUUCACCGAUGGCAGCGAUCACGUGUGUGAAGACAUCGACGAAUGUGCGUCCAAUCCUAAUCUGUGUGGCGCUUUAAACUGCGUCAACAAUCCUGGCAGCUUCAUCUGCCUAUGCACGGAUGGCUCCGUUCCCGAUGCCGCGACUGGCGCUUGCCAUAUCGCCGAUCCUUGCGAGGCCCACCAGUGUUCGCACCAAUGCAUUGCUGAAGGUGUUGGCUUCAAGUGCAUCUGCCCGCAUGGCAUGUCACUGGCUGAUGAUGGACUAAACUGCUUUUACAAGGAUAUUUGCGCCGAUAACAACAACGGCUGUGAACAGAUUUGCAGAUCGGAAGAUGAUGGUGCUUGUGGCUGCCGCAGCGGUUACGAACUGGCUGCCGAUGGCAAGUCGUGUGUUGACGUGAACGAGUGCGAGAUUGGCAAUGGCGGUUGCCAUCAGGUUUGCCAGAACUAUGCAGGUGGGUACGACUGUGCCUGCGAACCGGGAUUUGAGUUUCUCGAUGGAUCGCUCAAGUCAUAUUGCUUCGACGUAGACGAAUGCGCUUUGGGGUUGCACAAUUGCGGGGAGGGCAUGUUGUGUGAAAAUCUUAAUGGAUCUUUCACCUGCAUCUGCCCACAGGGGUUCGCGCUGGGCUUACCACCGGUUUAUGCUUCGCUGCGUGCUUUACUUUCAUCAUAUCAUCCAGCAGCGCCGAAAUCAUACGCUUCAUCAUCAGUCAUGCAAACUCCAGCCACAUCUAUCAUAAAACAUACACCCUCAUGUCUAGACAUCGACGAAUGCUCCAUAUCGAAUGGCAAUUGCUCCCAUUUUUGCUUGAAUUAUCCUGGCAGCUUUCAGUGUUCUUGUCCGCCGGGCUAUGCGCUAAGUAUUGCCGAUAAUCGCUCCUGUCUGCUGGUGAAUGCUUGCUUGCAGAAUAACGGCGGCUGCUCGCAUGGGUGUGCAUUAGUGCCAGGUGUGGGUGCGCAGUGCCAUUGUCCAAGCGGAUAUGGGCUCUCUGUGGAUGCGCGCACCUGCCUUGACAUUGACGAAUGCGCUGCGGCUAAUGGGGGCUGCGGUCAGCUUUGUCGCAACGCGCCGGGUAGCUUUGAGUGCGCUUGUAGCGUGGGUUACGAAAUGUUGGCAAAUGGGCGCGACUGUGCCGAUAUUGACGAAUGCGCAAAUGGGUUUGGUAACUGUACUUUCAUCUGCGUAAAUCUUCUAGGUUCGUACGAAUGCGGCUGCGAGGGAGGCUUCCAACUGGCUGAGGAUCGCCGCACCUGCAUCGAUAUUGACGAGUGUGCACUGAGACGACACGAUUGUUCGCACGAAUGUGUAAAUGUAGAGGGCGGUUAUGAGUGUAUAUGCCCAGAAGGUUACUUAUUAGGUGAGAAUAAAGCGACCUGCUUGGAUGUAGAUGAAUGCGUAGGCAGCGAACAUGGCUGUAGCCAUGGUUGCAAAAACAAAUUGGGUGACUAUGAAUGCAACUGUCCUGAUGGCUAUGCGCUUGCAGUUGACAAUAGAAACUGCGUCGAGGUAACUUCUGUGAUUGAUACACAAACCAAUGAGCUCGAUGUGGACACAGCCUUGAUUGAUGUCUGUUUGCGCGAAAAUGGCGGUUGCUCUCACAUUUGUAAUCCCGAAAGAGGUUGCUCAUGUCCAAGUGGGCUAGAGCUCUCCGUCGACGGAAAGACGUGUGCCGAUAUCGAUGAAUGCGGAUACAACAAUGGCGGAUGUGCACGUAUUUGCCACAACACUGUCGGUGGCUUCGAGUGUCUCUGCUCAGACGCGGCAACGCCGGACAAUGGUCACAGCUGUGUGACACUUUGCCCGCCCGGCUUUACAGUUAGCUCGCAAGAUCCCGCGAAGUGUGAGGAUAUCGAUGAAUGCGCCACACCAGGUCUCUGUCAAUACAGCUGCGUAAAUACAAAUGGUUCAUAUGAGUGUGUCUGUCCGAAAGGCUUCGCGCUGCGCAAUGGACGCGACUGUGAAGACAUAAAUGAGUGCUUGAAUGAAAACGGCGGUUGCGUUGGCGGUGAUUGCAUCAAUCACAUUGGCAGCUAUCAGUGUAAGUGUCCAACGGGACAGCGUUUGGCUGUGGAUCGUCGCACGUGUGAGCGCGCGCCGGAGCUGCGUGAUCAGUGCGCCCCCUUCUUGGCGCCCGCCAAUGGGGACUUCCACUGUACCAAAUAUCGCCACAAGAAGAAACACUUCUACAACACACGCUGCAAGGUUUGGUGCAAAGAGGGCUAUCGCUUGGAAGGACCAUCACAACGGUUUUGCAAUGCCUCCGGAGAAUGGGAUAACUUCGAAAAUCUUUGUACGCCUACCGUUUGUCCCCGCUUGCAGCCACCACUUAAUGGCGUAAUUAUACCCACUGCCUGUACAGCUGGUAAGGUGUUUAUGGGCGAACGCUGCCGGCUACAAUGCCAGCCUGGCUAUGUGCCAGUCGGAAACAGCGUGGGAGUCUGCACAGCUGAUCUCACUUGGUCGCACAACGCUACCUUCGAAUGCAUGCCAGCGACGAGAACACAGUUUCUGCCAGCUAUACCUUUGCCUGGCCCCCUGCCUACACUGCCUGUCAGCCCGUCAGUAAAUGGCUUCUUCAAUCGACCCACAAUAACACAAGUGCGACCACGAAUCGGUUUUGGUGGAUCAGUUGCUGCUCGACGUCCGUUCAUUAAGUGUCCACGAAACACCACAGUUUUCUUGGCGGCAGGCGCCAGCACUGCACACAUCAUUCUACAAAAACCCAUCACCAAUAUGGAUUACCGCUACAUUGAGUCUCACCCAGCUUGGACUCGCAAUAUGCAAGCACAUCUGGGCGCUGGACGGCAUGUGGUGACAUUCCGUGGUCGCGAUCCAGUCUCGGGCAGACGGGCAAGAUGCCAGACAAUCAUUUAUGUGGAGCAGGCCGCAUCGCCGAAAGUGAAUUUCUGUACGCGCUCAUUUGAGGUGGCUUUAAGUCCAAAUCAAGUGUAUCGUUCGGUGGUAUGGAAGGAGCCACGUUUCGAAAGCACACUGGGUCCAAUUAAGAAGCUUUAUAAGUCGAGAAUACCUGGUGAACUGUUUAAUGCUGGCAAGCAUACAAUUUACUAUGAGGCAACCAGUGAGCAGGGGAUUACGGCACGCUGCGAGUUCCAAAUUAUCGUUAAAGAAGCAUUACCUACACCCUCGACACCCUUGCCCUCACUUGACUUGAGCUACCCGGGAGUGGCUGAGCCUGUUCUACAACCUGCACCCUUAAUGCGUCUGCCAUCUACAGCAGGCUUGAAUGCCAAACUAUUGGCGGGCCAUGAGUCCUUCGUAAUUUGCCCAGGGCAAGCGCCAGUUAAGGUCACAAACUCGAGAUCUGUAACUUUACCCGUGGGCUGCAUAUUAAAGAAUGUUCGGAACUCGUCGGUGCGUCGCCACGCCCAACGUCGUUUGAUUACCACAAAUUGGUCGCAUUUUACUCCGUUUUAA